UUUCCAUCAAAACCCUUAUGGCCAAUAGAGACAGAUACAUCUCUGAAGUCAGAGCAGAUUUGUCCUUGGCUAGGUCUCCUGUAGCUUCACCAAGAAUCCGGAGCACCAAGAUUAGGCUAUCAAGGAACCAGUUCAGUGCUGCAAGGACCAAGAGAAGAAUCAACAAGUUAUAUCCAAUUCAGCCUCUGGACUUAUUUAAAGUCAGCAAUAAUAUGAAGAAAAUGCUUCUCUCCAAGCAUGAACAGCCAGGAAUCAAGAAAAGUAUACACACCUAGAGUAAUCAGCGGGAGUCGGGGGUAAAGAACUAUGUCCAGACAUCCUCCAAAGUUAGGUACCAACUCAGGUGUUUCAGUCCAACCAAUUUGAACUCCAGAACUAUUCUACUCAGCAAAUUUGGUCAGUUCAUCAACAAGAAGAAAGAACCUAAGAGCGCAGUUCCCCAAGUAGAGAAAAUGAUCUUGAAGAAGUUACUCGCGAGAAGAAAUCCUAUCCAAAGAAGAGAUUUAUCAGCUGUAUUUUAGAAAUCAAAAUUAUGAUGGAGAGUAUUCAAAUCAGAGAUGGUUACAAUAAAAUGGGAUUCUUCGGAUUAAAGAGGAGAUUCUUUAAAGGCUCUAAGGCUAUCUUAUCUCUUGUUAAUUUGUUAAAACUCUAGCUCUGUGUCAUACUCAUAUAUCUUGGAUAUAUUUUCUCAUCUUCACCAUGUUUUG